AAAAAUUUUUGAUUUUUGCUUUUGCUGUUCUUUGUAUAAAAAGUAGCAGAUUGGAUGGAUAUGUACGCUAGGUAUUUGAAAUUCUCAGAAAACCCAGAGUGAAGAAACCAGGUGUGGAGAGGGCCUUCCAGCCUCUCCGAGUAGAGCUUUGAGCUGACUGGAAGUGCUUAAUCUGGAUCAUCAUUUUCACAGGACAGUUAAACACUGUGCUUAUUGGGAAAUCUCUGUCAGUUGGUGGUUGCUCCGAUAGGUAGCCAAAUUGAUCACCUUUUGGAUUGUAGUGUAGAAAUCAAAGUAGAGCACAUCAGCAAGAGCCUCUUCCAUUCCAUCUUCAGAACCAAAACACUCGGUAGUUGAAGCAAGAGCUCUCCCUGAGUCAGUGGCAAAAUGUUUAUAUUUUAAGAUGCCACUGCUUAUUCCUCAGAUGCUCGUUUUGUGAAUUUCAUUUCCUAUUUCAUAUCAGGCCAGCAGUUAAGAUUGAUAGGUGGGUCACUAGACAUGUUUUUGUUUUGCAGACAUAUAUUUCCAUUUUGUUUCUCUCUGUACUGUACACUGCAGUAGUAUGCAAACUGUGUGAUACAAGAGGUUUCUGCCUUAUUUCCGCAUGCAGAGUAGCUGGGUGUCCUCUGCCUGAGUGUUUGGAUGUUCAAGCUCUGUCCACCUCCUAAACUGGCUACUGAGAAAAUCAACUGCAGCCCUGUCAGGGUGUCUCUGGCAGCAGCUCCUAAUAAUUAUUUAUGCUUUUGGAAUUUUUUCAGCUCCUAAAACCUUCUGUCCGUUUCAGUUUGAUUUUCUCGAUUUGUACAAUAUAUGCAUAUUCUCUUUUUCUCUUUUGUCACUCCUCCACCCCCCCAGUGUUUUGUUUUUUAAUGUUCUGUAGUUUUGUACGAGAUGAGACUUAGCCUUGGGUACUUCUUGCUGAAGCUUUAAUGCUUUGUAAAUAAAAUCGGAUGUUUAUUAAAGAACAGGUGUAGGUGUUUGUUUGUAGACACUGAUCACUUCAGAAAGUCACCAGCCACUUCACUCUGUAAAACAGAAAAUGCAGCUUACUUUGUUGAUGUUAGAUCUUUUCUGUGUGGAAAUAUGAGCUGGAAGGGCUAAGGGGUGGCCAGGUAGUCCAGAUACCUGCCUCUGGACAAGAUUAUAAAUAAACAAUUCAAGCAAAAAGUUAGUGUUAAAAAGAUCAUCUAGGAAUGAUCUCUCUUCAAAUUCCUUAGCUCAGUGAGUGUGUGUAACUACUCUAUAGAGGCCACAGUGCUAGGAGGCGUUCUGGAGCUUACAAAAACGCUUGCGAAGAGGUUCCUGCCUUCCAAGGAUCUUUCUUAAAGUAGGUGGAUUCAGAGUCAUUAAAAGGAGGUGAAAAGAAUGAAGACUGAUGAGGGUUGUUAACAAGCAGAGACAGUAAAGCAGCAGCCUUGUGACUUUCUUCUUCUGCCUUGUGGCCUCACCUGUUCAUAAGGACCGGACUGUUAUUAAGUUGUGUUGUUCUGUUGACAAUGCAUGCAUCUUACCUUUUGCCUUUGAAGCCUAUCUCAUGUCGAAGGAAUUAAGUUAUGAUGUCGUGGAGGAUUUAGCUGGAACACCUCGUGUGUUGGCUGAGGGUGGUGAAAUGCCUACUAAGACAUGAAGACUUUAGCUACUAGUUUCAUUCUUGGGAGCCUGGUGUUGGCCUUCCAUCUACCUUUGGUGGUGACUUUACCUAAAACACUGGCCAUCCCUGAGAAACUGCAAGGAGCUGUGGGGAAAGUUGUUGUCAAUGCCACAACCUGUACUGUCACCUGUGGCCUUGGCUAUAAGGAGGAGACCGUCUGUGAGGUGGGCCCUGAUGGAGUGAGAAGGAAAUGUAAGUCUCAGCGCUUGGAAUGUCUGACCAACUGGAUCUGUGGAAUGCUACAUUUCACCAUCCUCAUAGGGCAGGACUUUAAGCUGAGCUGUCUGAGUUCAGACAUCCUGGAGAUUGGGCAAGAAGCUUUCCGAUUCACCUGGAGACUUGCUCGGGGUAUCAUCUCAACUGAUGAUGAAGUCUUCAAACCCUUCCGAGCCAGUUCCCACUUUAUAAAGUUUCAGUCUGCUCAGGAGUAUGACUCUGGGACCUACCGAUGUGAUGUGCAGCUUUUAAAAAACUUGAGACUGGUCAAGAGGCUCUAUUUUGGGCUGAGGGUCCUUCCUCCUAACUUGGUGAACCUGAAUUUCCAUCAGUCCCUUACUGAGGAUCAGAAGUUAGUAGAUGAGGGCCUGGAAGUGAAUCUGGACAACUCCUCUAGGCCUCAGCGCCCACCAUGGAAGAAGAAGGUGGCCAUAGCCAUGGGAAUAGGAGCUGCCAGUGGCGUGACUGCUGGUGUGUUGGUGAGCAUGGCCCUGUGCGGUGGGCUGAGAGUGAUCCACAGCAGUGCCAGCCUGGAGACCUCAUGAAUCUUGCUGCUGAAGGGCUGGCUGCUCAGGAAGCCAAACUAGCUUUUCACAGGAGUGUUCUGGCUGCGUGAUUGUGGAUUAGCUAAGAGGGAGGCUUCCGCUGCCAAAGGAGUGAGUGGGGAAUGUGGAAUGGGGCAACACUGUGGUAGCUGUGGGCAAGUCUCUUAACCCUGGUCCCGGGUGGAUCUCUUCCAGAUCUUCACUACCCAUCAGGUACCCAGGAAACCUGACUGCAGGUAUCUCCCUGCUCCUGGGGAGAGUUUUCUCUUCCUAGUUUGCAUUCCCUUUACAACUUGUAUGCCUCCCUGCCUUGAUCUCCCCUCUGAACAGUAUAAUCAUGUAGAAGGAUGUAAUAGCUUUUCUAGUGAAAGUGUAUUUUUCUUCAA